AUGUCCGAACCAUCUCCUGAUCCUUGCCCUCUCAUAGGCAUCGUUAAGAAUCCAAAUGGCUCCAUCACUCGCGACUCUACCAGAUUCCCACGCGUCCCCGCCACACCUGUUCCGUCUCCGCAAAACCCCUUCGUCGUAACCAAAGACAUCACCGUACGCCAUUCAAACUCCACGUGGAUGCGUCUCUACGUCCCCACUACCGCACUAGGUUUCAUUGUCUGCAGCGUCGACUUCACACUCUACGACGACUUCUGCAACCUCAUGGCGCGUGAGCUCAACGUGGUCGUCGCGUCCCCUUCGUACCGUCUAGCUCCCGAGCACAGACUCCCGGCGGCUUACGUCGACGGACUCGACGCUCUGAGGUUUAUUAGAAUGUCCGAAGACGAGUGGAUCAAAUCUCACGUCGAUCUCUCCAACGCGUACCUCAUGGGGACAAGUACCGGUGGUAACUUGGCUUACAACGUUCGCGGAUUAUUGUGGAUUGAUCUUACACCAUGUUAG